AAGUUUGCGUAUGUAUGCUUACAUGGCUUUUUCUUUCGUGCUAAACAAAUGUUGUCAUUGUAGAAAUGUGAACACUGCUGAUGGUUAUGCUGUAUCCUUCAUGUUUAAGAAACUGUCGCUAUCCAAGCUGAACCUAGAAGAGAACCAAAGACACCCAAGGAUUUUGCUGAUAUAUAUUAGCGAAUUACCUACUUUAAAAAC